AGGCUAAAUUAGCCAAAAUAUCAACAAACUAUCUACUAUUUUCAACAUAAUAGGUCAUAGUUUUGACCUUAGGCUAAAAUAUAUUUUAUCUCAUGUAUUUGUUUUCUUGUCCCUGUAGAAGUGUGACUCUUUAUGUUGAACAUUGGACGCAUUUGAGCAGAAGAGGACCGUAAAGUGCCCUGAUAUUGGCAAAUUUGCGUUUCUAGGAUGGCGAAGAUAUAUCCCGCCCUUAUCCACCUCUGAUUGGCUGGUAUCCACUGCCUUCGUUCGUUGGAUUGGUUAGGCCUAGGUAAGAGGAAGGAGAUUGGUUAAUGUUAGGGUGAGACUACCAGAGUAAGCCAAUCAGAGGCAGGGUAGGGCGGGACAUGGCUUCGCCCUCCUAGGAAACACAAGUUCAACUCCGGUUGUGUUUGUGCGUCUUCCGGUCUGGUUUAAACCGACAAAAAGCUGCUGGAGCAUUGCGAGGAGAAACGCAGCUUUCACCCCAAACACAGUGAGAGUUUACACACACCCAGCUGCAGACAUAUACUCCCAGUAUGUCCACUUUCUGUGUGCUGAGGACUCGAUGCUUCCUCCGGCAGGUCUUCCCCGGCCUGCCCGCCGCCAUGCAGAGGCACUACAGCCUGGAUGUGUCCGCUCCGCUGCUGCGGACGCAGGGCUACGUGGACGGGCGCUGGGUCUCCGCAGCCUCGGUGUUCCCGGUGCUGGACCCUGCCACCGGGGAGGAGAUAGCCCGGGUGUCAGACUGUGGCCCCGCUGAGGCCAAGCAGGCUGUGGACGCUGCGUACAAGGCGUUUCAUUCCUGGAAGCAAUACAGCGCCAAGGAGCGGAGCGUCCUGUUGAGGAAGUGGUUCGACCUGAUGAUGCUGCACAAAGAAGACCUGGCCAAACUGAUCACGUUCGAAUGUGGGAAGCCCCUGCAGGAGUCUCUCGGGGAGAUUGCGUACUCCGCCUCCUUCCUGGAGUGGUUUUCGGAGGAGGCCCGGCGAGUGUACGGCGACGUGGUCCCGCCAGCCGCCAAAGACCGAAAGAUCCUCCUCCUCAAACAGCCCGUGGGCGUGUCCUCCAUCAUCACACCGGUGAGCAGCCAAUCAGAAGCUCUGUGGAGGAGACUCUGGAACAGAAGAUUCAGAGAGAGACAGAAACAGGAAGUAAGACCCCUCCAACACAUCCCGGGUUAUCUGGAGUCCUGGUCAGUGCGUCUCUGUCUGCCCCCCCAGGUGGUCCACCAGGUGUCGGACGCCGUGUCGAGGGGAGCGACGGUGCUGCGGGGGGGGAAGCGUCUGGGCGGCUCCUUCAUGGAGCCCACCCUGCUGGCCGGCGUCACCACGGAGAUGAUCUGCACCCAGGAGGAGACCUUCGGCCCGCUGCUGCCCGUCAUCAGAUUCUCCACGGAGGACGAGGCUCUGGCGAUCGCCAACGCGUCCAGCGUCGGGCUGGCAGGUUACUUCUACUCGCAGGACGUGGGUCAGAUCUGGCGGGUGGCGGAGGCGUUGGAGGUCGGGAUGGUCGGAGUCAACGAGGGCCUCCUGUCCACCGCCGAGGCCACGUUCGGGGGGGUCAAACAGUCCGGCCUGGGCCGCGAAGGCUCCAAGUACGGCGUGGACGAGUACCUGGAGGUCAAGUACAUGUGCUUCGGGGGCCUGAAACCCUGAACCAUAACGGGUCCAGACCGUGGUACUACACACGCGUUUUACUGCAGUAAUACUUCAAAGUCCUAACUGUAGAUCUCAGGUGGGAAUUAAUUUAAUUUAUCCAGAAACUACACAAAAUACUCCUUUAACCCUCCUGUUGUCUGUCCGUCAAAAUUCAAAAUAACACUUUAGAUUUUUUAAACUUUUUCUUACGUUUUUGACAUUUCAACGCUAUGUAAAACUAGCUUGUCAACUUAAGUUAAGUUGUACAGUUAUUUUAGGAAUUUAUGGUCAAUAAACCUCAUUUAUAGGAAAUUAUACCUAAUGUUUGAGUUAGAAAAGCAGAAAUUAGGAAUUAUUAUUCUUAUAUAAAAGUCUUGAAUCCGGGACCCAACCAGUCGCAGCGGCCCAUCGGCUGCUUUGAGUCCAGCUGAGCCUGGCCCCUUCAGACCACUUGAGACCACUUGAGACCUCUUGAGACCGCUUCAGACCGCUUCAGACCUCUGAA